GUGAAGGCAACUCCUCUAUGAUAGCCCUCACGUGAGAAGCCAGGAUUGAGUCUGAGCUCCUGGAAUCAACUGGGUUUCUGAUCCAAUUUGUUUAGGAUUUUAUUUAUUAGGGCAUGAGGUUAUUUUGAAAGUUUGCUUCCACUUUUUUCUUUCUUUUUUAAAGUCAGACACUGAAGAACAUUUGAAGAAAUGACACACUCCUCAGGCAAAGAGCUCAAUGGACUGGACAACCCUGGCUUCACGGUUGAAGAGGGAAGCCAGUACUGUACCUUGCCUGAACUUGGCACCAAUGAGAAAAGUAUUAAAGAGGAACAGAAGAAAGGCAAGGCAAAGGACCAAAGCAAACUAGCAUACUGUGUCACAGAUGUUCCACCAUGGUACCUCUGCAUCCUUCUAGGCAUUCAGCACUUCCUGACAGCUCUGGGUGGCCUCGUAGCCAUUCCUUUGAUCCUGUCCAAGGAGCUUUGCCUGCAGCAUGACCUUCUGACCCAGAGCCACCUAAUCAGCACCAUUUUCUUUGUCUCAGGGAUUUGCACACUCCUUCAAGUCUUCUUUGGAGUCAGGUUGCCUAUUAUUCAAGGAGGAACAUUUUCAUUCUUGACACCAACCCUUGCUAUGCUCUCCCUUCCUCAUUGGAAAUGCCCUGCCUGGACUCAGAAUGCCAGCUUGGUAAAUGCUUCUUCACCAGAGUUCACUGAGGUCUGGCAGACACGGAUGCGAGAGGUACAGGGAGCCAUCAUGGUAGCUUCUUGUUUCCAAAUCCUUGUUGGAUUUUCUGGCCUGAUUGGAUUUCUGAUGCGGUUCAUUGGCCCUUUGACAAUUGCCCCAACCAUCACCUUGGUUGCGCUGCCUCUCUUUGAAUCUGCAGGGCAGGAGGCAGGAGAACACUGGGGCAUAGCAGUCAUGACCAUUGUCUUCAUUGUUCUGUUCUCUCAGUAUCUGAAAAAUGUGCCUAUGCCACUGCCGGCCUACCAGCAAGCCAAGAAAUGCCACUUCUCUAGGAUCUACCUCUUCCAGAUCUUCCCAGUACUUCUUGGUCUCUCCCUCACAUGGCUGAUGUGCUUUGUGUUCACUGUGACCAACGUCUUCCCUUCGAACCCUGAAGCUUAUGGUUACUUGGCUCGGACUGACAUCAAAGGGGAUGUUUUGUCCCAAGCCCCCUGGUUCCGGUUCCCUUAUCCAGGCCAAUGGGGUGUUCCAACAAUCAGCUUGGCUGGAGUAUUUGGGUUCAUAGCUGGAGUGAUUUCCUCCAUGCUGGAGUCAGUGGGGGAUUACUAUGCCUGUGCCCGACUCUCUGGAGCCCCACCCCCUCCGAAGCAUGCUAUCAACCGUGGGAUUGGAGUGGAAGGAAUCGGUAGCCUUCUGGCUGGGGCCUGGGGUACAGGGAAUGGCACCACUUCUUACAGUGAAAACGUUGGAGCUCUGGGAAUCACUCGGGUAGGAAGUAGAAUGGUGAUUGUUGCGGGUGGCUGCGUGAUGCUUUUGACAGGAAUAUUUGGAAAGAUUGGAGCCAUGUUUGCCAGCAUACCAACACCUGUGAUUGGAGGAAUGCUGAUUGUGAUGUUUGGGAUCAUCACUGCUGUGGGAAUUUCCAAUUUACAGUAUGCAGACAUGAACUCCUCAAGGAACCUGUUUAUCUUUGGGUUCGCUAUAUUUGCAGGUCUGACCAUUCCUAACUGGGUAAAGACACAUUCUCAAGUGCUAGAAACAGGAAUCAUCCAGCUAGACCAGGUGAUCCAGGUGCUUCUCACGACUGGCAUGUUUGUGGGUGGAUUUCUGGGGUUUGUCCUUGAUAAUACUAUUCCAGGAAGCAAAGAAGAGCGAGGAAUCCUAGCCUGGAAGGAGUCCCAUGGGGUGGAGUCUGGCGAGUCCCAGCUUCUUUCGGAAGUCUACAGCCUUCCAUUUGGGAUUGGCACGAAGCUCUGUGCAGCGUCUUGGGUUCGGCACAUCCCAGUGUGCCCCAAGAGGGCAUCUGGAUCCACAAGACAGGAGGAGCCAAAAACUCUUGGAGAAGAGAACAGGGUCCCAACGGGCUCAGAACAAGAUGCAGAGAUGGGCAUUGAUACAAAGAUAUAAGCCUGUGGUUGGGAACUGAAUUCACUUUCAAAAUGGACGCCUAACAGCUGUGAUUGUACAUGCCCUGAUCUGAAUAGGCCCAAUAAUGGGCAGUGAUGUUAGAGGAUGGAGCAGGGGAAUAGUCGACAAGACCUGUGCUUUCUGUUUCUUGCUCUGCCACUAACUCAUUGUGUGGCCAUGAGUCAGCCACUUAACCUCUCUGUGCCUCAGCCUGUCCCACUGUAGCAAGCAUUAAUAUUGAUUGGAGGCACAGCUUAGGCAGAAGCUAAGUAACGCUCCUGGAGGGGACUUGCUAACCCUUCCUACCUGGAACCUUGACAGCCCAGCGCAUACACAGCAAAGACCCUUUCCCUCUCCCAUUGAAUAGCUGCUCAGCUGGAGCUGUGAGGUCUUCCUUUUGCUCCUAGCUAAUUAUUGGAUGUGACAUAGCGUACAUGUAAAUUGGUGCUGGACCAGGAUGGCCAGGCUGAUCUCUCUCAGUACUAGACUCGGGGAAUAGGGAUGAAGGGAAUGCUCUCUUCUCUGUGAUCUCUCUGUGUGGGAAAGAGACAAGAGAGACGGAGAACUGGGAAUGGGAAUUCCAGCCUGGGGAGAGGAAGAGAGAAGAAAAAAAAAAAGUAAGGGAGAAGGUCAGUAUUGGGAUUAGAUUUGAAAGGAAUGAUGCUCUGCACUGGCUAGGUCAGAAGCCCAUGAGCAGUCAGUGUUAACCGAAGAGCCCCACAAUCCCAGUGCCCCUACUUGAAUUAUGACAAACGCUGAGAAACCCCCAAGUAGCCUUAUGGUACCUGGGUUAGACAAGUGCAAUAAAAGGCCAAGUAUUCCUAACGCACUGUUUUAUUAAAGGCAUGCAUUAAAUGACAAAAACAGAGUUCUGUCUUUACCAUUUUCUGUGAAGAGCCACUUUUGGCUUGGGGACUGCUGUCUAAAUGAGUACUGCUGAUUUCGAGGAAAGAUGGCCUUGUGGCUGUGGGUAGGGAGGGCAAAGAAUAACUUACCACAGUAUAUGAGAGGAUAGGCUUUGCUGUACUUCAGCUGCUCCUUGUCAGCUGCCUGUGUGCAUAGCUUACUUUGUGGUAAGGGAAAUCUAAACUGUGGUAGCUUAUGUGUCAUUUAUGUGAAAGUUAAGUUGUGUCCUGGAAUAACGUAAAUCACUGGGCUGGGGUCUAGAAGGUCUCCAUUCAGUUCUUGAUUUUGGUACUGGCUUCCUGUGCGACUAUGGGUAAAUCACUAGUCUCUCUGUGUCCUGGUUCUCUAGCCACCAAGUGAGAAAACAUUUUGUCUGUCUUGGGCUUUUGAAAGCUAUCCUAAUACAGAUCCUUAAUAAGAAGCUGAUAUCAUCCCUUAACAAAACCAAGACACUAACACUAUCCUAGGCAAACCACUGCUGUACCUACCCAGCACCCUCCAGUGACAUACCUCUGUUCAACCUGUAUUUAAACUUAUUGGAAUUAAUGAGGGGACAAAUUCACCUUGGAUGUUAUGGAGCUUAAAAUAUACCUGAUAAGCAAAAAUAAAGAGCACUUCCUGGGUGCUGUGCAGAAUUGGGCCGUAGUCUCUCACGCAUAUCUGAGGGUAAGUUUCCCUUUGAUUUCCUGGUUGGCAUUACCAAAUGUGGUGCAUUGUCCCUGUUCUCUGGUUAGAGGAAAACCCUUUGAAAAGUUUAAGCUGGAACCAGAUCAUGUAGAGACAGAUGCAUGGGCUUGAUUUUGUGUUGUAACUAGUCCCAUUGACCAACAUCUAUUACUUCAGUGGGGACUGGUCACAAACUGAACACUUGCCUGAGCCUUUCCAAGAUCGGGACCUAGGACUGUUACCUCUUAAGAGUGAGAACUGCCUUCCUCGUGUUUUCUACAGCACUGAAUAAGCAGUGCUUAAAUAAUGUGGAAUGAUUAUUUUUUUGUACAUGUCCUAUGGUGUUUUCAUCAAGAAUAGUCUUUCACAGGAUCUUUGCGUGCUGCUUCAGGGCUGGCUUUCACCACUGGCUAAGUUGUGUCUGUCCACAAGACUUUCAAACAUCAUUACAUCCACUGCUUGCUUAAAUUCCUGUCAGUCUGCCAGGGGGCUUGUUUUGAUGGAAUCCAUCCUCAGCAAAUAUUUGUUGCCUCUGUAUAUGGUGGAAAAGUGAGAAGGGUUCAGUAGUACCUACUAGGAUCAUAUAAUUAUGUAGGUUUUAUUAUAUUCAGUGCUAAAGUCGUCAUUGCUGAUGUCAGAUGUGGCAGUGACAUACAAUAAAACUUUCUAUAGAAA